AGGCCCAGCACUCUUGGCAAGACCAUGGAGACUCCUAAUCACACUGGCCUGGAUCCUUCUGUCUUCUUUCUCCUGGGCAUUCCAGGUCUGGAACAGUUCCAUCUGUGGCUCUCACUCCCUGUAUGUUGCCUGGGCACAGCCACAAUUGUGGGCAACAUAACCAUUCUCGUUGUUGUUGCCACUGAACCAGCCCUGCACAAGCCUGUGUAUCUUUUCCUCUGUAUGCUCUCGACCAUUGACUUGGCUGCUUCCGUCUCCACUGUUCCCAAGCUACUUGCCAUCCUCUGGUGUGGAGCAGGACAUAUCUCUGCCUCCGCCUGCCUGGCACAAAUGUUCUUCAUUCAUGCCUUCUGCAUGAUGGAGUCCACUGUGCUGCUGGCCAUGGCCUUUGACCACUAUGUGGCCAUCUGCCACCCACUUCGCUAUGUCACUAUUCUCACUGACACCAUUAUUGCCCACAUAGGGGUGGUAGCAAUGGUGCGGGGCUCCCUGCUCAUGCUCCCAUGUCCCUUCCUCAUUGGGCGUUUGAGCUUCUGCCAAAGCCAUGUCAUCCCACACACAUACUGUGAUCAUAUGGCUGUGGUGAAACUGGCCUGUGGAGACACCAGACCUAACCGAGUGUAUGGGCUGACCGCAGCACUGCUGGUCAUUGGGGUUGACUUGUUCUGCAUUGGUCUCUCCUAUGCCUUCAUCGCACAAGCUGUCUUUCACCUCUCAUCUGCUGAAGCUCGCUCCAAGGCCCUAGGGACCUGUGGCUCCCAUGUAUGUGUCAUCCUCAUCUCUUACACACCAGCCCUCUUCUCCUUUUUUACCCACCGCUUUGGCCAUCAUGUUCCACUUCAUAUUCACAUUCUUUUGGCCAAUGUCUAUCUACUCUUCCCACCAGCCCUUAACCCUGUAGUAUAUGGAGUUAAGACCAAGGAAAUUCGAGAAAGCGUUGUCAGUGUGUUUCAGAGGGGGCAGGGAAAUCUGAAUGAUCCAGAAGUAUAGAAGGAGUUUAGUCCAAAAGAAAAGAAGUUUUUCAAGUUUAGGAAAUUCUCAGUAUUUCAGGCUGGAAAGGGGUUUUAAUGGGGGCAUGAUAUCCUCUACAGAGCUUUCUAGAAUUUCCAAGAAUAAUAAAUCACAGAAGAGUUCAGUGAGGUAUAGUAUUCUUCCUUUCCAAUCAAGAAAUGUGAACAUGGGAAGAUUCUUCCAACCUAGAUAGUUCUCAGGCAUUGAAAACAACCAACUAUGCCCCGAGGAGUUUCUGCCCUGCCCCCAGUUUAGAAGAGCCUUUGGGUAGCCACUGUCCUCUGCCAAUACUCCAGGCAUAGAUUUAUAAUCUAACACAGUUGCUAUAGCUGCUGUCUGGCUAUCUGCAAGAAUCAGAAGAUAGCCCCACAAGCACUUCUCGUAUAUCUCCAUUAGAGCUCACUGGUGACCAGGUAUAUUGUCAAUGAGCAGUAAUAUUUUGAAAGGAAUUUUUUUUUCUGAGCAGGUUGUCUCAACAGUGGGCUCAAAAUAGUCAGUAAACCAUGUUGUAAACAGAUGUGCUGUCAUUCAAUUUUGUUGUUCCGUUUAUACAGCACAGGCACAGUAGAUUCAGCAUAAUUCUUAAGGGCCCUAGCAUUUUCAGAAUGGUCAAUGAGUAGUGGCUUCAACUUAAAGUUGCUGCUAACAAGAGAGUCAGCCUGCUCUUUGAAGCUUCGAAGCCAGGCAUUGACUUCUCUCUAGC